CGUCUCAUAAAUUCCUUUCAGCGGCCACUCUCUUACAUCACCACAAUUCUCCCAAUUACGACGGCUCAGCCAUAAACCGCACCGUAGCCUCUCAAUUGCCCAUUUCGGAGAUAUCUGUCUUUUUGGCAGCAGGACAAUGUCGGCGAUCAACAGAACUCUGCGAGCUGCAUCUGUCCAGUCCAUCCGCUUACCGACUAGAGCCGUCCGUGCUCAGGCUCUCAACCGCAUCAACUUCACCAACCCCGCCAUUCGCACCUCUGCCGCCCUCAGAACCAGCAGCUUCUCCACGAUGUCUAAACUUCAAUCUGGUGCUCCCCCGGCGCCGGUCGCAAGAGAGUAUGACCCAGAGAUCAAGGACAUCGCUUCUUUCGUCCACAACACCCCGAUUGACUCGGAUCUCGCUUUCGACACCGCACGAUUCGUCUUCCUCGACACUCUAGGAUGUGGUCUUGAGGGUCUCAGGUUCAAGGAGUGCACCAAGCUCCUUGGCCCAAUCGUUGAGGGCACCGUUGUCCCCAACGGCCCCAAGGUUCCCGGCACACCGUUCCAGCUUGACCCCGUCAACGCUGCCUUCAACAUCGGUGCCAUGGUCAGAUGGUUAGAUUACAAUGACUGCUGGUUGGCCGCUGAGUGGGGUCACCCAUCUGACAACCUGGGUGCCAUCCUCGCUGUCGCUGACUGGAUUUCCCGCACCAACCGUGCUGGCGGAAACCUUGGCAACGGCAAGAUCAUCACCGUCAAGGAGGUUCUCGAGGCCAUGAUCAAGGCCCACGAGAUCCAGGGCUGCCUGGCUCUCCUCAACUCCUACAACAAGGUCGGUCUCGACCACGUUGUCCUCGUCAAGGUCGCCUCCACCGCCGUCAUCUCCAAGCUCCUCGGCCUGUCCGAGAAGCAGACCGCCGACGCUGUCUCCCAGGCCUGGGUUGACGGCCAGUCCCUCCGUACCUACAGACACUCCCCCAACACCAUGUCCCGCAAGUCUUGGGCUGCCGGUGACGCUUGCCAGCGUGCCGUCAACCUCGUCCUCAAGGUCGCCAAGGGCGAGCCCGGUGUCCCAACCGUCCUCUCCGCACCAGUGUGGGGAUUCUACGAUGUCCUCUUCAAGGGCAAGAAGUUCGAGUUCCAGCGCCCAUACGGCAGCUACGUAAUGGAGAACGUCUUGUUCAAGGUCUCCUACCCUGCCGAAUUCCACUCGCAGACUGCGAUUGAAGCCGCCAAGGCUGUCUACCACAAGCUCGAGGCGAUGGGCAAGUCCGCCGCCGACAUCAAGGAGAUCACCUGCCGCACCCACGAGGCAUGCAUCCGCAUUAUCGACAAACAGUUCAAGCCCAUGGACAACUUUGCCGAUCGUGACCACUGCAUCCAGUACAUGGCCUCGGUCAUGCUUGUCUACGGACGUCUCGAGGCCACCGACUACACUGACGGUGGAGAAGCCGCCACCUCGCCGCUCGUCGAGAGCCUCCGCCAGAAGAUCAAGUGCGUGGAGGACGAGCAGUUCACCCGCGAUUACCAUGACGAGAAGCUGCGCACCAUCCCCAACGCGCUUACCGUCACCCUUAACGACGGCACGGUGUUUGACGAGAUCGUUGUUGAGGCGCCGCUGGGACACAGGAUCAGGAGAGAGGAGGCCAAGCCGGUCAUCCUCGAGAAGUACAAGAGGCAUCUCGGCCCGCAUUUCGAUGCCGCGAGGGUUAAGGAGCUUGUCGAUCUCGGAAACGACCGCAAGAAACUGGAGGCCAUGGCUAUUGAUGAGUAUGUCGACUUGUACACUGUCAAGGACAGCAAGUUCUUGUAAAUUGAGAGUGGGGGUGUGUUAGAUUUAGAAGGGACCUUGCUUUGGAUGAAAAAGUUCAUUGAAAUACGUAGAUUGUAGCUGGUAUGCCAUUUACUAUAAAUAUCGAACU